GCCGUUUGCAGCACCAUGGCAACGGCAGCCAUGUUAGGCGAGGGCAAGCGGCAGCCAGCAAAGCGUCCAUAACAAGCCGAACUUGGAGAAGGGGUGAGCCUAUAUGUGUCAGCCACCAUGUCUGGAGCUGGCAGUAAACGGGCAGCUGGAGAGCCUGGCCCUUCUGCACCUCCAGAGAAAAAGGCAGGGGUUGAAGACUCGGGGACCACAGUAGAGACCAUUAAGCUUGGUGGAGUUUCUUCAACGGAGGAGUUGGACAUUCGGACUCUACAGACCAAGAACCGGAAACUAGCAGAGAUGCUGGACCAGCGGCAAGCCAUUGAAGAUGAGCUACGGGAACAUAUUGAGAAGCUGGAGCGUCGGCAGGCCACUGAUGAUGCCUCUCUGCUGAUUAUCAACCGUUACUGGAAUCAAUUUGAUGAAAAUAUCCGCAUCAUCCUUAAACGUUUUGACCUGGACCAAGGUCUUGGAGACCUCCUGUCCGAAAGAAAAGCACUUGUUGUACCAGAACCUGAACCAGACUCAGACAGUAAUCAGGAACGAAAAGAUGAAAGGGAAAGAGGUGAAGGAUUGGAACCAGCGUUCUCCUUCCUGGCAACCCUAGCCAGCAGCACUAGUGAGGAGAUAGAAUCUCAGCUGCAAGAGCGUGUGGAGUCCUCCCGGCGUGCUGUUGCCCAGAUUGUGACAAUGUAUGACAAACUGCAGGAGAAAGUGGAUGUGCUGUCACACAAGCUGAAUAGUGGAGAUAUUUCAUUGAUGGAAGAAGCAGUCUUAGAGCUUAAUUCAUACCUUUCACAUGAGAAUGGACGUCUACAAGAACUGGCUGAUCUUCUUCAGGAGAAGCACCGAAUAAUGUCUCAGGAGUUCUCCAAGUUGCAAGAGAAAGUGGAGACGGCAGAGUCUCGAGUGUCUGUUCUGGAGACUAUGAUUGAUGACCUUCAGUGGAAUAUUGACAAGAUCCGUAAGAGAGAGCAGCGACUUAACCGGCACUUGGCAGAUGUUCUUGAACGGGUGAAUUCUAAAGGUUACAAGGUGUACGGAGCAGGAAGCAGUCUCUAUGGGGGCACAAUCACCAUUAAUGCCCGUAAGUUUGAGGAGAUGAAUGCAGAGCUGGAGGAGAAUAAAGAGCUUGCUGGGAACCGCCUCAGUGAGUUAGAGGAACUGCGCCGUGAUCUUCAGGAAGUAACAUCACAGAAUGAAAAACUCAAGAUUGAGCUGCGACGAGCAGUGGAAGAAGCUGUGAAGGAGACUCCAGAAUAUCGCUGUAUGCAGUCUCAGUUUUCUGUUUUGUAUAAUGAGAGUCUGCAGCUGAAGGCACAUCUUGAUGAGGCCCGCACUCUGCUUCAUGGCACUCGCACCACACACCAGCGCCAGGUGGAACUAAUUGAGAGGGAUGAGGUCAGCCUUCACAAGAAACUACGCACAGAAGUAAUUCAGUUAGAGGACACCCUGGCACAAGUCCGCAAGGAGUAUGAGAUGUUGAGGAUUGAAUUUGAACAGACCCUUGCUGCCAAUGAACAAGCAGGCCCAAUUAAUCGGGAGAUGCGUCAUCUCAUCAGCAGCCUCCAGAAUCAUAACCACCAGCUGAAGGGAGAGGUACUGAGGUACAAACGCAAACUGAGAGAGGCCCAAUCUGACUUGAGCAAGAUCCGCUCUCGUAGUGGUAGUGCUCUUCUGCAAUCCCAGUCCAGCACUGAAGACACAAAGGAGGAGCCUCCAGAGAUCAAACCGGAGCCUGAUGACCCUUCUGCCCAAGCAUCUGUUCCCAAAGCUGCUUCUGAGGAAGCUUGUGAAGUUAAGGCUAGGCGAGAUGAAGAGGAACGGGAGCGAGAAAGACGGGAGAGGGAGAGGGAACGAGAAAAGGAAAAAGAGAAAGAGAGGGAGAGAGAGAAAGAGAAAGAGCGAGAGAGAGAAAAACAGAAACAGAAGGAAUCUGAGAAGGAGAGAGAGUCCAAAGAGAAGGAGAAAGGGAAGCAUGAAGAUGGAAGAAAGAAGGAGGCUGAAGUGAUCAAGCAGUUGAAGGCUGAGCUCAAGAAGGCCCAGGAGAGCCAGAAGGAGAUGAAGCUGUUGUUAGAUAUGUACCGUUCUGCCCCCAAAGAGCAGAGAGACAAAGUACAGCUCAUGGCAGCUGAGAAAAAGGCAAAAGCAGAGCUGGAAGAACUAAGGCAGAGAGUGAAAGAAUUGGAAGACAAGGAGAAAAAGGAGAGUAAAAAGAUGGCUGACGAGGAUGCCCUUCGGAAGAUCCGAGCAGUAGAAGAACAGAUUGAGUAUUUACAGAAGAAGUUAGCCAUGGCUAAACAGGAGGAGGAGGCUCUGCUGUCAGAAAUGGAUGUCACAGGCCAAGCCUUUGAAGACAUGCAGGAGCAGAACAUACGGCUGAUGCAGCAGCUACGGGAGAAAGAUGAUGCCAACUUCAAGCUGAUGUCAGAACGCAUCAAGUCCAACCAGAUUCACAAGCUGCUGAAAGAAGAAAAGGAGGAGCUGGCAGAUCAAGUUUUGACAUUGAAGACACAGGUGGAUGCCCAGCUGCAAGUUGUACGUAAGCUGGAAGAGAAGGAACACUUGCUGCAAAGCAGUAUUGGAACAGGCGAGAAAGAACUCGGUCUCCGAACACAAGCCCUGGAAAUGAACAAACGCAAGGCUAUGGAUGCAGCCCAGCUUGCGGAUGAUCUGAAAACCCAGCUAGAACUGGCUCAGAAGAAGCUACAUGAUUUCCAGGAUGAGAUAGUGGAAAGCAGAGUAACUAGAGAGAAAGAGAUGUUCAACUUUAAAAGAGCUGAGGAAGACAUUUCUAGGUUACGCAGGAAGCUGGAAACCACUAAGAAGCCUGACAUGGUUCCCAAUUGUGAUGAGAUAUUGAUGGAAGAAAUCAAGGAUUACAAGGCCCGCCUGACCUGCCCAUGCUGUAACAUGCGCAAAAAGGAUGCUGUCCUAACAAAGUGUUUUCACGUCUUCUGUUUUGAGUGUGUGAAAACACGCUAUGACACCCGGCAGCGUAAGUGCCCAAAGUGUAAUGCUGCCUUUGGUGCCAAUGAUUUCCAUAGGAUCUACAUUGGUUGAUUCUUUCCACUGGAACCUGAAACCUGCUGCUUAUGCUGACCACCCAGCCUCCUUCACUUUCUCUAACUGGCACCUUUGGGGCAGCCUGCAGUGUUCUUGUUCGGGAAUGCUACCGAAAAAGGUAGUAGAUCUCAGUUCCUUUCUUGUCCUUGUUCUUUUGCUUUUGUCUUCAGUUUUUGUGGAUUUCUUUUUUUUUUAUGGUUCAGAGGACAUUUUCCAUUUAUCAUUUCACACUGUCAAGUUGGAAACAUCUAACUGAAGCCUUGUGUGGAUGGCAUGGAAGCUCUCUGCAGAAUAAACGAGGUCUUUAUUUGAGGAAUUUGCUCUGUUUUUUGAGUUUCACAUCUGGUGUUGCUGAGUGUAAAUAGCUUCCCUAUUAAAAGACCAAUUAAAGAAUGAACUGGUAGUGUGUAUGUAGACUUCAGUGGAAUGACUCAUAGAAUUAUAGAAUAACUUAGGCUGUAAGGUCCCUUCCAACCUGUGUCUAGCCCCCUGCUAUGGGCUGGUUUCCCUCUACCACAUCAGGCAGCCUGGAGCCCCAUACUGCGACCUCUACUUGAAUGCCUCUAGGGAUGGGGCACCCACGGCUUCUCUGGGCAGCCUGUUCCAGUGCUUCAGUACCCUCUGAGUGAAGAAUUUCUUCUUAGUAUCUAUCCGAAAUUUCCUGUCUUUUAGUUUAAAGCCAUUCCUCCUUGUCCUGUCCCUAUCAGACUGUGUAGAAGUUGGGUUCCCUCCUGCUUGGAAGCUCCUUUCAACUAUUAGAAGGGCCCAGUGUGAUCUCCCUGGAGCCUUCUCCAAGCUAAACAAAUCCAGCUCCCUCAGCCUUUCUUUGUAGGAGAGGAGCUCCAGCCCUCUCACCAUCUUCAUGGCUCCUUUGUGGGCCCUUUCCAACAGCUCUGCAUUCUUCUUGUGCUGGAUGCCUUGGGCAGGGGCCCCGUAUGGAGUUCUGGGUCUAAGGCCCCCAGGCCUCCUGAGACAUGUAUCUUUCUAUGACAGGCCAAGUAUCUGUGAAGGCUGCUGUGUUAAGAAGCAUGCCUCUGCCACCAAAAGCAUAUGCGUAUCUUUGCAUCUGGAAAAUGAGAAAGAUAAGGCAAUAGAAAAUCCUUGAAAAUAGUAUCCCAUUGAUGUGGAUGUCUUCCUUUAGGCUGAGACAUAACUCUUUGUUUCCUGAAAUUAAUUUGUAAGGAUUACUUUGGUGUAAUUUUGCCAUAGAGAUUAAUCUUGUAAUGCACAUGCUGUAAUAAAAGCUCUGGUCUGGA